AUGGCCCCUGAUGCGCUGGCGAAGCCCGCAGAUGCAAUCCCCGCCAAAUCAAAAUCGGACCUCGAAGACCCAGUGGAGGUCGCGCAUGUGGAGGAAACCCGCAUCAGCGAGGGAAACAGCGAUCUCAUUGAGGAGACAGGCACCAGCAGGGUCACCUGGCUGGUUUCGGCCACGGUUUCGCUGGGUGGCUUUCUCUUUGGCUACGACACAGGCGUGAUAUCGGCCGUGCUGACCUGUCUCAAGGACGAUCUGGGCCAUGAGCUGGACUCCUCUGAUAAGGAACUGGUCACCUCCAUCACCUCCGGGGGUGCGUUAGUCGGCGCAGUCGUCGCUGGCUUAUUUGCAGACCACUUUGGACGAAAACUCCCUCUGUACGCAGGAUGUCUCGUAUUCUCCAUCGGUGCUAUUGUCCAAGCCGUGUCGUAUGGCCUCGUGCAGAUGAUGAUUGGGCGAUUCACCGUAGGCCUUGGUGUCGGCAGCGCAGCCAUGGUCAUUCCGUUGUAUAUCAGUGAAUUAGCCCCGGCCAAAUACAGAGGUCGCAUGAUUGCCUUUGACAACAUGAGUGUUACUCUUGGCCAGUUGGUUUCCUAUGGCCUCGGUGCCGGUUUCACCUACAUUCCCCAUGGCUGGAGAUACAUGGUCGGUCUGGGAGCUCUGCCGGCCAUCUUGCUCACUGGUCUGCUCCCGAUGUGCCCAGAGUCGCCACGGCAGUUACUCGUGCAUGGAAGAUCCGAGCAGGCGCUGGGUAUCCUCCGACGGACGUAUCCGAAUGCCACAGAGCAGCAGCUGACUGGGAAGCUGGACCUCAUCCGCCAAUCCGUCAUCGACAUGCAGUUAAGGAUGGGCGAGAAGAGCGUACGGCGCCGCUUUCUGCAGCUCUUCACUGAAGGAUCAACGCGCCGCGCUCUCAUCUGCGCGUGCGUCGUCAUGGCAGUCUCUCAGCUGUCUGGUUUUAACACUCUCAUGUAUUACUCGAGCACCUUGUUCGGUCUGGUGGGCUUUAACCAGCCGACAGUCGUCUCGAUCGUCGUGGGCGCGACCAAUUUCCUUUUCACCCUGUUCAAUAUGUUCAUCAUUGACCGUGUUGGCCGACGGCCCAUCUUACUCUGGACCACUAGCGGCAUGGUACCGACUCUGGUCCUCGUUGCCGUCGCAUUCCAUUGGAUUCCCAUCGAUGAAGACCUCAAUUUGACAGCCUCGGGUGUUAACUGGGCAGGGAUAGCGGUCCUUGUCGCCAUAAUUGUCUUCAUUGCCUUCUAUGCUAGCGGCGUAGCGACCAUCGGCUGGGUUGGCACCGAGCUACUCCCUCUGCAAGUGCGUGCCCUAGGCACCAUGCUCAACACCGUGACAUGCUGGGGCUGCAAUAUCAUUAUUGCCUCUACGUUCCUUACCAUGAUGAAGUCCAUGACACCAAGCGGUGCUUUUGGGUUUUAUGCGGGCAUCUGCGCCCUGGGCUGGUCCUUCGUAGUCUUCUGCUACCCGGAAGUGAAAAACAUGCCACUAGAGUCGGUACAGGACAUCUUUGCACAUGGAUUUGGCGUGAGAUAUGCUGCGAACCUGCCAAAGGAGUUCCGGGCACCGCGGAGGCAAGUGGCGGGCUAUGUGUAA